AUGACUCCUGAUGAAAAAUUUAACUUGAUCACCAAGAAUUUACAAGAACAUUUAAAUGGUGAUAUCAUUAAAAAAAUUUUAAAUGAUGAUGAAAGACCUUUAAAAAUCUAUUGGGGUACUGCACCAACAGGUAAACCACAUUGUGGAUACUUUGUUCCAAUGAUUAAAUUAGCUCAUUUCUUAAAAGCUGGAUGUGAAUUAACUGUUCUCGUAGCUGAUUUACAUGCUUAUUUAGAUAACAUGAAAGCUCCAUUGGAAGUUGUUAAUUAUAGAGCUAAAUAUUAUGAAUUUAUAGUUAAAUCCAUUUUAAAAUCCAUUAAUGUUCCAGUUGAUAAAUUGAAAUUCGUUUAUGGAUCAUCUUAUCAAAAAGGAGGUCAAUAUACCAUGGAUUUAUUCAGAUUAUCAAAUAUGGUCAGUCAAAAUGAUGCUAAAAGAGCUGGUGCUGAUGUUGUUAAACAAGUUGCCAAUCCUUUAUUAUCCGGAUUGAUUUAUCCUUUAAUGCAAGCAUUAGAUGAAGAACAUUUAGGAUGUGAUGUUCAAUUUGGUGGUGUUGAUCAAAGAAAGAUUUUCGUCUUAGCUGAAGAAUAUUUACCAAGUCUUGGUUAUAAAAAGAGAGCUCAUUUAAUGAAUGGUAUGGUUCCAGGUUUAAACCAAGGUGGAAAAAUGAGUGCUUCAGAUCCAAACUCUAAAAUUGAUAUCAUCGAAACCGAUAAGAAUGUUAGAAAGAAAGUUGGUAGUGCUUAUUGUGCUCCAGGUGAAAUUGAAGGUAAUGGUGUUAUUUCAUUAAUUGAAAAUAUUAUUCAACCAAUUCAAGAAUUGAAAGCUGAUAAAGAAGGAGUUUUCGAAUUUUUCAUUGAUAGACCAGAAAAAUAUGGUGGAGCUAUCAAUUAUACUUCAGUUGAACAAUUAAAAGAUGAUUUCAAAAAUGAAAAAUUAUCACCAGUUGAUUUGAAAGCUGGUUUAGCCGAUCAAUUAAUAAAAUUAUUAGCUCCAAUAAAGGAAGAAUAUGAAAAUAAUAAAGAAUUCCAAGAAGCUGAAGCUAAAGGUUACCCUGCAGCUGAAAUUAAAACUAAAAAGGAUAAAAAACCUAAAAACAAAGGUACUAGAUACCCAGGUGGUGAUAAAUCCAAAACCCCAGAAGCUGAAGUUACUGAAAAAUUAAACGAAACAACCUUAUAA